GCCUACGUGAAUUUGUACAUGUACGCCGAUGUAGUCGAGUCUAGUUACCGAUACCGGUUGUAGCGGAGGUUGGUGCGUGUUUGUAGAUAUUCCGGGUUUUUUAGGAAAACACCAACAGAAAUCAUGUCAGAGACAAAAGAGACAAAAGAGACAAAAAUAUAUUCUCUAGAAGAUGUUAAACAACACAAAACAAGCCAGUCGAUAUGGAUCGUAAUUCAUAACAAAGUCUACGAUGUCACGAAGUUCUUGGAUGACCAUCCUGGAGGUGAAGAGGUGCUUCUUGAACAAGGAGGAUCGAAUGCCACAGAAUCAUUUGAAGAUGUAGGCCACUCAUCAGACGCCAGGGAACUCAUGCAGGAUUACCUCAUCGGUGAUCUGGCAGAGGCCGAUUGGGAAACUUCAGUAAAGACAAACACAGGACCAAAUGCACCUGAUGCAGGAUCAGGAAGUAAUUGGGCCCAGUGGAUCAUUCCGACUAUCGUUGCUCUCGGGGUAGCGCUCCUCUACCGCUUCUACAUUGCCGGGAAUUGAUGCAGGGAACCAGGUCAUGUUGGUGGACAGGAUACCAGUUACAGUGUCUCCUUGCUGCUCCCACUACACGCAAACAGAUUAACCAAAGAAAUGAACAGAUGCCUUUUGCUAAUUACAGAAAGCCAGGGGCACCAUUAGAGCGUGAAAAUGUAAAAAAUUAAAUGACCAAUAACAGAUAUAUUCUUAAUAACAUUAUUUCUCAUUACAUUUGUAAGAUAGUGUUCCCAGAUCAGGCUUAGUCUAAAAAGACAAUCUUGGUAUGAGAAAAUCAUUUCAGAGCCAAUUUGUUUUUAACUUGAUCAAUUCAGUUUGGCCAAA